UACAUGUGGAAUCCAAAGAGACGUGUCAACAGUUUUAGUGAAGAGCUUGGAAGAUUUCUUAAGAAGAAAUAUGAAGGGCACUGGUAUACUGAAAAGCCAUACGAAGGAUCAGGGUUUAGAUGUAUACACGCAGGGGAGAAAGUGGACCCAGUGAUUGAACAAGCCUCCAAAGAGAGUGGUUUGGGCACUGAUGGUGUUCGUGGCGAUCUGCCGUAGGAUCCCAGUGUUUGGAUCGACCCAUUUGAGGUUUCCUACCAAACUGGUGAAAAGGGACCAGUGAAGGUGUUUUAUGUGGAUGAUAAUAAUGAAAAUGGAUGUGACUUGGAAAAGGAGCUCAAAAACAGCUUUAACCCAGAGGCCCCGGUUUUUAUGCCCACAAGUGACCCAGCCUCAUCAGCGUCCAGCUCUCCAUCUCCUCCCUUUGGUCCCUCUGCUGCUGUAAGCCCUCCCUUCAUGCCCCGGUCCACUCAGCCUUUAAACUUCACCACUGCCACUUUUGCUGCCACCAAGUUCGGCUCUACCAAAAUGAAGAACAGUGGCCGAAGCAACAAGGUUGCACGUACUUCCCCUAUCAAGCUCGGCUUGAACGUGAAUGACCUCUUGAAGCAGAAAGCCAUCUCCUCCUCAGUGCACUCUCGGCAUGGGCUGGGCCUGGGUAGCCAGCAGAAGCCACGGCCACAGCAACAGCCAUCCCAGCCACCGCCGUCACCACCACCGCAGCCGCAGCAACAGCAGAAAACCUCAGCUCUUUCUCCUAACGCCAAGGAAUUUAUUUUUCCUAAUAUAAAGGCUCAAGGUAGUAGUACCAGUGGAAUGUUCCCAGGUGACAGCGCCCUUAACCUCAGUCCUCUCCAGGAGAGUAAUGCCUUUGAUGUGUUUGUGGCCUAUGGAGGCCUCCACGAGAAGUCUUUUGUAGAUGGCUUGAAUUUUAGCUUAAAUAACAUGCAGUAUUCUAACCAGCCAUUCCAGCCUGUUAUGGCUAACUAAAAAAAAGAAAAGCUGUAUCGUACAAGUUAAAAUGCUCAGGCCCAAGGGGGAUUUUUUUUUUAUAUAACCUCCUUGAGAUUUUUUUUUUUAAGCUUAUAGUAAGGAUACAUUCAAGCUUGGUUACAAAAAUAAAACAUGCAUCAUUUUUCAUUGCGAACCAAGCACAAAGUUAUUUUAUACUGACUGUAUAUUUUAAAGUAUACUCUCAGAUAUGGCCUCUUAUAGUAUUUAAGAUAUAGCAAGGA